AUGGCAGGUCUAAAAACGUUUGAUGCUUUUCCAAAAACUGAGGAAAGACAUGUUAAAAAGUCUGUUAACGGUGGUCUGUCAUCUAUUUUGACGUACUUCAUGUUAUUGCUUAUUGCAUGGACUGAAUUUGGUAGUUAUUUUGGUGGUUAUAUCGAUGAACAGUAUUCCGUAGACCCAACCAUCAGGGAAACUGUCCAGAUUAAUAUGGACAUGUAUAUUAAAAUGCCUUGCCAAUUGAUCCAUGUCAAUGCUAUGGAUGAAACUAUGGAUCGUAAGUUUGUUUCCAACGAACUUAUAUUUGAAGAUAUGCCCUUUUUUGUUCCUUAUGGCACUAAAGUUAAUAACAAGAAUGAUAUUGUAUCACCUGGAUUAGACGAAAUUAUAGGAGAAGCUAUCCCUGCUGAAUUCAGAGAAAAACUUGAUUUCAAAUCCCAAGUCGAUGCAGAUGGGAACCCAUUGUUCAAAGUGGACGGUUGUCAUAUCUAUGGAUCUGUUAAAUUGAAUAGGGUCGCUGGGGAAUUACAAUUCACCGCAAAAGGCUGGGGUUAUAGAGAUAACGGAAGAGCUCCACUCGACCAAAUAGACUUCAACCAUGUCAUCAACGAAUUCUCAUUCGGGGAUUUCUACCCUUACAUCGACAAUCCACUGGACGGCACUGCAAAGAUCGAAAAGCAAAAGUCUAUCUCAAGAUAUAUUUACUCUACAUCUGUUGUUCCAACAAUAUUCCAAAAAUUAGGUGCUGAAGUAGACACCAACCAGUACUCCCUGGCGGAGUACCACACUGCACCAAAGGAUGGAAAGAUAAAAUUAACGACAAGCAUUCCAGGUAUCUUCUUCAGAUACGAUUUCGAACCAUUAUCCAUUGUAAUAUCAGAUAAAAGACUGUCAUUCGUACAAUUCAUAGUAAGAUUAGUCGCAAUCUUAUCAUUCAUCCUUUACAUGGCAUCGUGGCUCUUCAGAGGAACAGACUUCCUAUUAGUCAAUACAUUGGGUCCUAAAUGGUCCUUACGUUUCCAACCAACCAUGGAUAACAAUGGUCUCUUGUCAUAA